AUGCCCGCCCCGCUCCAGACGGCGGUCAAACGCAUCUCCCAGCCCAAGGUCGGCGAGAACGGCUACACGGGUUUCCGCCCCGGCGAGACCGAAGUCUUCCGCGCCGGCUCAAAGCCCUUUGGCGAGGACACCCGCGCCCUCACCAGCGACAUCCAGCUCGAUCACGACGUCGAGGUCGUCGUUCGCGAUGGUGCCCGCCUCUACAUCGACGUGUACCGCCCCGCGGAUAGCACCGAGAAGGUCCCCGCCGUUCUUAGCUGGUCGCCCUACGGCAAGAAAUACAGCGCGCUCGACAUGUUGCCCAUGACCAAGUGGCACUCGUGCGUGAAGCGCUCCGACCUCAGCGGGUUGGAAAAGUUCGAGGGUCUCGACCCUGCGGUGUGGUGUCCUAAGGGAUAUGCCAUCGUGAGCGUCGACGCGCGUGGCUCGGGAAAUAGCGAUGGGUUUAUUGGCGUGUUGGGAUCGCAGGAGGCCGAGGAUGGCCACGAUGUUGUGGAAGCUGUUGCAAAGAUGCCUUGGUGCAAUGGAAACAUUGGCAUGGCGGGUAACUCGUACCUGGCCAUCUCGCAAUGGUACAUUGCGUCUCAACGGCCCCCGUCGCUCAAGGCCAUUGCCCCUUGGGAGGGUUUGAGCGAUUUGUACAGGAACAAUUCUGCAGAGAAAUCCUCCGCGGCCCCCAGCUCCGGCAUCGAAGACAUGGCCGAGAUGUACCGCCGUUCCCCCACCAUGAACGCCUUCUGGGCCGACAAGCGCGUCGACAUGACCAAGAUCCAAUGCCCCGUGUACAUCCGCGGCUCCGACGUCAGCAACCUGCACAACAUGGGCUCGAUCCGCGCCUGGCUGGAGAUUCCCCACGAUAAGAAAUGGAUCCAAUGGGGCACCUACCAGGAAUGGUUCGAGCUCUACAGCGUGCCCGAGUCGGCGGACCAGCUGACCACCUUUCUCGAUUUCUAUCUCCGCGGCGUCGACAACGGCUGGGAAAAGGAUACUCCCAAGGUGCGGUGGGCCACGCUCAAGUACGGCGAUAGCAGCCCCGUCCACGACAUCCCGCUCGCCGACUUCCCCGUGCCAGACACAAAGUAUAUCGAGUUCUUCCUCACGGAAGGCGGGAAGCUCAGCGAGACGGCGCCCGCGACUGCCCAGACGUUGACGUACGACUCGGAGGACCGCAACAGCUACCUCGAUUUCACACAUACUUUCCAAGAGCCCGCGCGGUUGAUUGGUCUUCCCAAGACAACCCUCUACGUGUCCUGCGAUACCCGCGACGACUUUAUCGUCUUUGCCAUGCUGAUCAAGAAGGACAAGGACGGAAACGAUAUGAUGCACCUCAACUUCCCCUUUGAAGCGUCUCCCGUCAACAGCAUGGCGGAGAUUGAUCCCAAUGACCAGCAUAGCGUCAACACCUAUAAGGGACCGGUGGGUAUCCUCCGGGCGUCGCACCGCGCGAUAGACUCUUCCAAGAGCAUCCACCCCAACUUCCCCUUCCACCCUCACGACAAGCAAGAAAAGAUCACCCCCGGCACUGUAGUCAAGCUCGACAUCGGUAUCUGGGCGCUGGGCACUGAUUACGAGGCGGGCGAAAGCAUCACGAUCAGGAUUGGCGGCCAAAACCUCACAGCUGCCGAGUUCACGGCCUGGUCCAUUCCACGUCCCGAGCAUGAACUCAACAAGGGCGAGCACAAGCUACAUAUUGGUGGUGACUACCCCAGCGCAGUCGUCAUCCCUUAUGUUGGAAGGCCUGAGUAG